AUGAAGCUCUCCACCAUCCUCCCGUUCGUGGCCCUGGCCGCUGCUGCUCCGACGCAAAACGAGCAAAACGACAGCAUCAAUCCGACCUUGAACCACCUCACCAAGCCCCUCGCUCGCGAUGAUCCCCAUAUCCCGAACAACGGCUACGGGAAUGGCAACAACGGCUACGGCCAUGGCAACAACGGCAAUGGCAAUGGUGGCCACCACCGAGGUAAUUGGAAGCGCGACAUCGAAGACAAGGAGGACAACAUCAACCCCGCCUUAAACCACCUCACCAAGCCCCUCGCUCGCGACGAUCCCCAUAUCCCGCACAACGGCUGCAACGGCGGCCGAGGUAACUGGAAGCGCGACGACCCCCACAUCCAGAACAACGGCUGCGGCAAUGGCAACAACGGCUAUGGCAACGGCGACAACCGCGGUGGUCAUCACAGGGGUGGCUGGAAGCGCGAGGAGGAGGGCAAUGGUGGCGGCAAUGGGAAUGGUAACGGUAACGGUAAUGGCCAGGGCCAUGGCAAUGCAGGAAACGGAAAUUGGUGA